AUGAACCUUCCUUUACGUCCACUUCCCUUGGAACUCCUCUCGACCUGGUCGUCGUGGCGUCCCAACGUUACCCCCUCUUCUCUCAAGGCCCCCUUCCGUUAUCAUUCAGGUACACACUACGAUGAGUCCCAAGCGGACUCGGAUAUAGUACUUCCGCCGGUACACCGUUCUCCCCUCACUCGGCGUGAGCCGCGUAGCAGCAUCUCCACCUCCACUGGGUUGCCUGCAGCCAUUGUGCCCUCUGCGCCGCCCAAUGCUACUUUACCUGAUAUCUGUGACUUCCGACAUGUGUCUUCGCUGUCUCGUCAGUCGCCCCUUGAUUGGUUCAGCAACGCUCAACAGCGACCAUCUCGACACAUCGUAGAGAAGACCUGUGAAAUGAUCUGUUACCUCUGGUUCUCGUCCCAGUCCUCGUCGAUAUCGCCGCCCAAGAGGACUCGCGCAGAUCCUGAGGGCCCCCAAACUUACUUUCCUCAUAGCGAUUCGUCCACGGCGUCACUGCAAUUCUCCGUUUCACCUGCCUUUAUAUGUUUCAUGCAAAAGGUCCUCGAGACUACGCAAGUUAGCCAGUCUGUCAUUGUGCUCUCGCUACAUUAUAUCUACCGCAUGAAAGCGCGUAAUCGCUUUACUUCCGGACAACCCGGGAGUGAGUAUCGGGUCGCCAUGGCGGCUCUGAUGAUGGCGAACAAGUUUGUCGACGAUAACACAUACACGAACAAGACGUGGUCAGAAGUGUCUGGAAUUGAUCUAGUCGAAUUAAAUAAGAUGGAGAGGGAGUUUCUCCUCGGAAUCGACUUUGGACUGUAUGUGGACAAGACAACAUAUAGCUCGUGGUUGAAUCUACUGAGGGGGCUCAUCAUGGCGAAGGAGAGAGAUUCGCAGCAGUGGCAUCGUCCGUGGUGGCGUGCACGUUCUGGUCAUUGGUCCAGAGCGAUGACUUCUAAGCACACACCAUCGUGCAGCGCCGGGUCAUUUGCAAAUUCUCACCGUGCGCGUUCUUCUUCUCCGAGGCGUUUUUCAGCUGCGUUCCCUCUCACUUACUCCGACUCGAGCACGCUUCCAUCUGUGCCGUCUGUCUCGGCUCACGCUGUCUCCGCGUCGUCCGGCUCAAAACGUUCUGCCGAGGUUGCAUUUUCUCCAGUCCCGAAUGUCUUUCCUCUAGUCAAUCCAAGCCACCAACCUACUGGUCUCACCUUGCAGAUCCCUCAGGCGAAAUACUCCGGAGGUUACUCCAUGGCGAAUUCUUCAUCCCCUUCAGAGCCGCUGCAAUCAUUAGCCCAGUUGUCGUUAGACGCGUCACCAACCAACGGCAGUAAUUCUCCGGCUUGGACUUCCGGCGUGAGACAGGAUGUGGGGCCGCAGAUUUUGGUAUCUGCCUAUCAUUUAGAUGAGAGACAGCCGCAUACGGCUCCUCAGAAUCUUUAUUACUAUGCGCUCACCUCUUCAGCAACGGAGGAGAGAAAUUAUCGCAAAGCCAAGUUGCAAUACCACCAACCGCCUUCUGUCCCGUCAUCGGUCCGGCACAUCCAUGCGCCUGUACCUCUGCUCGUGCAGUCUGUUUCUGCCAGUCCCUGUGACGGGCAUCGCCGCUCAAUGCCUGUUCCAGUACUGCCACCAUUUUCGGAAAUCUCGCGCAAUCUGCCUCAAGCGCAUACUCAGGGACGGGAAGGUUUCGAGCAGCGUCAGGCAAUACCUUCCGCCCCGUUUGCCAACGCUGGUCCCCCCGGAUACCACCAAUUCUAUUCUGCUCAUUCACCGAAUACGUCGGCUCUUUCACAGCAGGCGAGAGGCUGA